AGUGUCAAUUUCUAACAUACACUCGGUCUCUGAGCAGCAGCGCUUUCCAUAUGGGCAGAGCAGAACUAAUUAUAAAUAAACUGUUGUUCGUUGAAGUCCUUUAUCGGGUGGAGAUGACGAGAGAUAAACUGUGGUGGGAGGGGGGUGGAGUGUGAAAUUAAAGUAAGUUCCUCUUGAUGUUUUUAGGAGAAAUGGUGAAUUGCUGAAGGAUGUCUGCAGAAGGAAUGGACUUGUCCAACACAACUGCGGAUCAUACUUCAGUGCCAGUACAAGAUGCAGUGGCGUGUGCUCUGCUUGGGUUGGCAUGUCUUGUUGGAGUACCAGGAAACCUCACAGUGAUUGCGACAAUUCUUUGUAACAUUAAGCAGCGGUCUUCCACCAUCGUACUCAUCUUAUCUCUGGCUGUAGCUGACUUUGUGGUCCUGGUUACUUUGCCGUUUUGGAUUUACUUUCUCGCCGAUUCGUGGAUUUUCGGAAUCCCGCUGUGGAAACUGACCUUGUAUCUGAUCUUCACGUCCAUGUACGCCAGCGUCUUCUUCAUCGCGCUGUUGAGUGUGGAGCGUUUGGCGGCUGUGCUGUACCCGUUCCUGAUUCAGAAAUUGUGGAAGAGAGCAGCAGUGAAUAAAGUAGCUACUUGCAUCUGGAUUUCGGCUUUACUCCUCGCUGUUCCUACUCUGACAGUUGAACUCAAGCUGGAUGAAAAUGGACGGCCAUAUACAAGAGCAUAUUCCUCUGACCAGCAGCAGAUGGGUCUUCUUCUAUUGGAAACUCUGGUGGGAUUUCUCAUUCCUUUCAGCGCGCUGUCUAUCUCAUACGUUGUAGUUUCUAAAAGAAUAAAGCAAAUGAUCUUUCGAAGAAAAAACAGAUCGGUGAAGCUAAUUGCGGGCAUCGUGACGGCAUUUGUCAUUUGCUGGUUUCCUUAUCACACAGGAAACAUUGUCAAAAUUUCUUCACUCUUAGCAAAGACCUCAAAUUCCGAACUCGCACAGAAACUGGACAGGGUUUACCGCUCAAUGAAAGAUGCAUCUGGGGCCCUGGCUUUCAUCAGCAGCUCCAUUAACCCCAUCCUUUAUGCAUUUGCCGCUCGGAACUUCAAGAAUGGGUUUAAAAUGUCAAAUUUUGCUAAAGUCUUUCAACAAAUGAACAGUUUUAAGGAGAGAUUGGAGAAAGGGAUGAAUAACUCUGAACAUCGGUCUGAAUCGAAAACUAUCCUUUAACAGUGAGAACUAUGCUGAUACGUAAAUUAUGACAAUGUGGCCAUGUGUUGUUGCCUUUUAUAGUUACAGAUAAGUGAGUAAUGUUUGUACAUUCUUUGUGUGUUGUAGGACACCCUUGCUCCUGAAUAACAUGACACGAGAAAUCUUGGAAGUAUUGUAAACUGCUUUUGUAUCUCAUAAUGCUUUGCUACCAGUUUAUAACUAAUUAAUUACAAAAGAAAAUGUUGGGAUUCUAGGCCAUGAGGCUCUUAUUGCUGAGAUAAUGGGAACUGCAGAUGCUGGAGACUCCAAGAUAAUAAAAUGUGAGGCUGGAUGAACACAGCAGGCCAAGCAGCAUCUCAGGAGCUCUUAUUGCUCAUGCUUGGCUAUUAAUGCCAGCUGAUAGUUGGGGAAGAGGCCAGGAGUGGCAGAUGAAUAUAGAUUAGAUUCCCUACAGUGUGGAAA